AUGGGCUGCAAUCCAUCACGAGUAAGCUUCGCAUCAAAUGAAAAUAUGGCAGAUCAAAGUCAUCGUCUUGUCCAAGAAAUUUGGACUUAUGUUUGUAACGACUACUACGAAGAAGUCGGGAUCAGUUUUAUGAUUCGUCUUUUUCACACCUAUCCCGAGUUGAGAAAGCUUUGGAUCUUCGCAGCUAAUCUUGACAUGGAGCAUGAAAUUCGAAGUAAUGCACAAAUACGUUAUCAUGCAGCAAAAAUUAUGUAUACUUUGAAUGAAAUCAUCAACAACAUCGAAGAUUAUGACAAAAGACGAAAAAUUCUUGAAAAUCUUGGCAAAAGUCAUUUUAUCUACGAUGUAAAACCAUCAGAUUUUCAGGCAGCCAAAUUGACGAUGGAAAGUGUAUUAAGCUCGAUGUUAGGCGAAAAGUUUACAAAACGUCAUAAACAAGCAUGGUCUUAUCUCUUUCAACAGAUUGUUGUCGAUCUUGGUAGAGGUGUCGAACAACAGGCAGCACAUGAAGGCAAAAUUCGAUGUAAAAACAGUGUUCCUAAUAAUUUUGCUGAAUAG